AAUACAAAAUUAGCUCUCUCUGGGCUCGGACCGGCAACAUGGCCAAACGUACCAAGAAGGUUGGGAUCGUCGGUAAAUACGGGACCCGCUAUGGGGCCUCCCUCCGGAAAAUGGUGAAGAAAAUUGAAAUCAGCCAGCAUGCCAAGUACACUUGCUCUUUCUGUGGCAAAACCAAGAUGAAGAGACGAGCUGUGGGCAUCUGGCACUGUGGUUCCUGCAUGAAGACAGUGGCUGGCGGUGCCUGGACGUACAAUACCACUUCCGCUGUCACAGUAAAGUCCGCCAUCAGAAGACUGAAGGAAUUGAAAGACCAGUAGACGCUCCUCUACUCUUUGAGACAUCACUGGCCUAUAAUAAAUGGGUUAAUUUAUGUAA